GUAAUUUCAGGUAUUUUGCCAUCUAACUGGAGACGCUAUACCGUUCCAAAAGGCCUGACAGUUCUUCAGUGGGUAGCAGACUUCAGUGACCGAAUUAAGCAGCUUCAGAAGAUCUCCCAUGCUGCCAACACGGGUGGAGCCAAGGGCCUUAAGGUUAGCUUUUCCGACAUUCAACCAAAAACCUAAAAAAAAAAUUUCAGCCUUCGCCACAGACGAAACUAAACCCCUAGGUUAAGUCUGUCUGCGAGCCAGCGCCGAAAUCCUUUUUCUGUGCCCCCAGCUGUGUACUAGAAUUUGAGUACGCACCAUAAUUGUCCCGUUAAAAAAGCCAUUGUUCGAUUGGUUCGCAGACGUUGCUAGUCGUGAGUUGCUAGCCUGCGACGCAGGCUGAUUUAAUUGGCGCAUGUGUGUAAAGGAAUACAGUUUUUUUUUAACUCCAUAACUCCUAUGAUUGAUAAAGAGAAAUGAUGAAGAAGAGAAAAAAUCUUGAUUGUUAAACAAAUUCUCAUCACUACCUUAAAAAUUUUAUCAUCUUACGUUUCAGUCUGGGAAACUGCACACCUACCCCUCCCCUAAGCCAACAUUAACAGUUACUUCUCACUUAGGGCAAAAUCUUGGCUUAGGGGAGGGGUAGGUAGGCACUUUCCCAGAAACGUAUAAUGAUCCGCAAAUAUGUGGAUAAUAGUGUGGAGAAUGUACAUCAUGCUGACAUAAAGGCUUAUCCCUUUCAGCUCCAAUAUCCACAUGCAAAUUCUGAUCCCCAUACAUUUCCCCAUACAUUUCCUUAAGAAAUAAGUUAACAGAGGUUAAUAACAGAUCAAGGCAUUUUCCCUUUGGUGAUCAUUUUGUAAAUUGUCCUGAUCUUAUCUCCGGAUUAUAAAUUGAUAUUGUUAGAAGAAAGCUAAAGUUUGUCACUCUAAAUAGACCGUGAAUGCCAUUGAAGAAGCAUGUCAUGUUACUGAAGCAGCACAAAAAAUUACUGGAUUCUCUGGCUAUCGCUCGGAGAAAAGUAACCUUUUUUGCUUUGCAUCCUAUCGCUUGUCUAAAGUUGUUUUACUUUUGCUCUUAGAAUUUGCAUAUUUGGCUGGGCGGAAUGUUUGUCCCUGAGGCAUACAUCACAGCAACCCGUCAGUUCGUUGCACAGGCGAACAAUUGGUCCCUAGAAGAACUAACAUUGGAGGUAACCUCUUUCGUUCUUUCCUUUCCUUUUUUAUUGUUUCCUCUCUCUCCUUUUUUUUUUCUUCAUUCGUCUUCUCCUCUUGUCUCUGAUUGAAAAAAAAAACUCUACUAAGGAUAUUGCAGUAUUUAUAUUUACUGAAAGGUAGUGUUCUUCGUCUUUACAUCUCUUUAAAGGUUACUAUUGCAAAUGGACCCGACGAUCGCCUUACCAUUGAUGACUGCAGCUUUGGAAUUAAAGGUAAUAUAAGUCUGUGUGUUUACUAGGUAUUAGCUCUAAACCUUUAGUGGCAAAAUAGCCAAAAUAUACUAGUUUUAUGAAAGAACCGCUUUUUGUCUGAGUGAUCGGUAACAUCAAACUGAAUGGUUCAUAAUAAAACGGGAUCAAACAAUAAUAUAAUUUGAUCAACAACACCAAAGGGAGACGAUUGGAACUUCUAGAACUCUUCCAGGCUUUCUUUUUUUCGAUGACGCCAUGCGCAGUCUCCUUUUGGUGUCGAGGUUGCAGGAUUCAGUCCCCUGGAGCGGGAAGACGGGGCGAAGAGUGAUCCUGGGAACGAGAUUUGUUGUUGUACAGUCAUUUUAAAAGGGUGAUUGAUUUCUCGCAGGACUUCGACUUCAAGGUGCCCGUUGCCUUGACAACAAGUUAGAACUGACAGCAACGAUUUUGACUGAUCUGCCGCUGACCAGUCUGAAGUGGAUCAGGUAAAAAAUGUUAUAAUGCCUGUAGAAUUGUUCAAUUGAUAUUUUUGUUCUGCGGCCUGGUGAGCUCUUUCGUUAGGAUAAAAGAUUGCUGAGCAUUGUUGGUAGACGAAUUUUAUAAUUUUUGCUAAAAAGGUCGAAAAUUGGAGUUAAGGCGGUGUAGUGUUUUGUUGAUGUUGUUGUUGUUUUAAUGCCAUGGUAUUCUUUGAAGUGCCCCAGAAAAGACGUCGACGCAAGGAUAGACAACAAAACCCUUAAUCAUUCCAUUCUGUUUUUUUUUUUUUUCCUUCUUCUUUAGUUGCUGUUUGAUUUUUUUUGUGUAUCGUGCAUUGUGCAUGUCUUUACUUUACCUUGAGGCAGUUGAAUCGACGUCGUGCGGCUUAGAUUAAUACCUGUUGCUCCACCGACUUUCUGAGCUUGGCCACCUCCUUUAAGAUCUUACAAGGUAGUAAUUGAGCUUGUCUCAGUACAGCGAAAGGCUCGAUAACAUUCUUGCGUGUAUGUCAGGUAUGUAUCUGCCAUACCGUCAUUGAUCGUGUAUUUUAUGGUACGUUUUCAGGGUUGAACCGGGAACUGACCAUUUACUCGAAGGAAAGGUAUGUGUAACUGUUUUAGUUAUUUAAUUUUUGUCUGGACAUAUCUUAUAUCUAGCCGGAUUCUUGAAAACGAACGUGCCGAAAUCUGCUGUCAUUUGAGUGCAAACUUUAAGAUGCUAAAAAUCAGGGGUUUUUUGCGUCCAAUGUGCCAACAAGCGUGACAAUAAUUUUGUUUGAAAAAACUUUUCGCCCAACUUCACCCUCCUUUAAACAGAUCUUUUUGUAAAAGACCCAAAAACAUUAAUGUAAGUGAAGAUCACGACAACACACGCAAGUAAGAGCCCUGUUACGUUUUUCACCCACAAGCGUUUUGCCGUCUUUUUCUUUCUGCCGUCCUGUUGCGUAACCUCAUUCUCCAAAGCAACGGGGCGAGCAGCUCUUCGCGAAGUAGUGACAGUUGAACAAUUUGUUUUUUGCAGGUCACCCUACCAGUGUAUCUCAAUCAAACACGUACCGAGCUUCUGUUCACUGUUGACAUGGCAACUAGAGGUGAACCCGCUGGUCGAGAGCAUCGCUUUUAUGAGCGCGGUGUGGCUUUCUUAGCAUCUUCCCUGAGUGGUUAA